AUGGUGUGGAACAAUAUGAUCAUGGAAUCGUAUGAGAACAACGCAGCACAGGAAGACUUGCAGCAACCUGGAAACAACACGGCAACAACUUCCAAGCAACAACUAUCUGCGCAGACGAUGGGAUCUGGUGAAGUUGAUGCAUUUUUCCUAGAAACAGUAACAGUGUCAUCAGAAUCAACCAUACAACAACCAGACAACAACAGAGAAAAAACUACAGCAGUAGAUGAAGAUUUUGACUUCACCGACUAUGCAAAGCUUGUGGCUGCAGAAAUGGUACAGCAACUAGAAAACAACCAGGAAGAAGAAGAGGAAGUGGACAACACAGAAAUGAUGAUCAUCAAUGACAAACGACAUGAAACAAUAGAGAAGGGGCAAAUUUACAAGGACAAAGAAACAUUGAUAAGUACACUAUGCUACUUUGCAAUCAAGAAGACAUUUCAAUACAAAGUAGUGAAAUCUUGCACAAAAGAAUACAACAUAGUGUGUUUGGACACAAACUGCAAAUGGAGUUUAAAGGCUACAAAAAAUGGAAACACAGAAACAUUCAUAAUAAGGAGCUACGAAGAAGAACACACAUGUGCAGUUACAAUAAGAUUUGGAGAUCAACGACAAGCUACAUCAAAGUUGAUAGCAGACUUUGUAAAACCAAAAUUCUUGAACCUGAAAACAAAGUGCAGCCCUGCAGACAUAAAGACAGAAAUGAAAGACAAAUACGGAAUAAAGAUGAAUUACAUGAAAGCAUGGCGUAGUAAAGAGCGAGCACAAAUCCAGCUACAUGGAAAUGCUAAAGAGUCGUACAAUCUCUUGCCUAGAUACCUGUACAUGCUACAGAAAACAAAUCCAGGAACAUUAAUAGACAUAGAGAAAGAUGAUGAUGACAGUUUCAAAUAUGCAUUUGUUGCAUUGAAUGCUGCUAUAAAAGGUUGGCCAAACUGCAAACCAAUCAUCGUGGUAGACGGUACAUUCCUAAAGGCCGCGUAUGGAGGCACGUUGCUCACUGCCAACACACAAGAUGCAGAAUCUAAAAUUUUUCCACUAGCAUACUGCAUAGUUGAUUCUGAGAACGAUAAAUCGUGGGAGUGGUUCUUAAAAAAAAUAAGAGAAGCAUUCGGGGUUCGAGAAUGUCAAUGCCUAAUAUCAGACAGACAUGAAAGCAUCAUCAAAGCAACUAGGAAAGUGUUCCCUGAAAUAACACAUGGCUACUGCAUCUUCCACCUCUUGUCGAACCUCAAAACAAAAUUCAAGAAAAAUGCAAAGCAUUUCAGAGUGCCAUUCUUUGCAGCUGCAAAAGCUUACACAGAAAUGGAGUUUGAAUUCCAUAUGAGGGAGCUAGACAACUUGGAUAAGCGCAUAAGACCGGUACUGGAGAAAAUUGGCCAUGAAAAAUGGUCAAGGUACUCUACCAUGACAUCAAACAUAGCUGAGGCUUUCGAACUCAGCAAAUUUAGCAGCAAGGGAAACACCAGUGACAACAUUAAUGGAGUGCUUGAGGGCACAAAUGCAAGAGUGGACAUACAAUAA